AACGUCUCUUGUAGACUGCGUCCGCCGCCACACAGCACAGGCACAGUAACAGUCUGGGCAUUGUUUUCCACCAUGCGGUUUUAGUUAAUUUUAUUGCGCACUUUUUAGUUUUUCAUGUAAUGUCGUAAGUUGUAGGCUAUCUAUAAAGACUUUUCCUUGCAGCAUUGGUAGACUUUGUGCUUUGCCAACAUAUAAACAAGCGGAAUAGUGUCCGCCAUAUAUAAUCCUGCAGCUGCGCGCUUUUUGAUAUUGUUACUCGAGUGUCUUCAGGAUUCAAACAUACUACAGCUGCAAGUUGGGGAACUGGACCGUAUUAGAACCAUGAGUAGCAGAAAAGAUGAUGAUAACCUCCUGAGAAUGACAAAGGAUGACCUGCAGCGCUGGAUCCAGGCAGAGGUGGAACGAAACCCUCAUCUGGUGCAGAGGCGUGAGCAACUGGUGCAGGUUGAGGAGUGGGUGAAGCAGAAGGAGAGGGAAUCCACUUACACCCACCUUCUGUAUGGCAAUGCCCACGAGUCAGUCCUUGAGUGUGAGUCGGUGAUGAAGGGUCUUUAUGGAAUGCUGGGAUUGGAGUACCGAGACGAGGAUUCGGAGGAGGAAGGAGGAGGAGGAGAACCACCUGACAUCAUUCAUGUCACAGAUGAAGAGGAGUAUAGACAGGAAAAUAGUGUCUUCAAUGGAGAUGAUGAUGAUAUUGUUGUCAUUGAUCUGGGAGCCACCAAAGAAACCUUGGAACCAAUGCUUGAAAAGGUGACUGUGGCCAUUCAGAAGUCAUCCAGACUCGUUCAGGACUUAGUCCAUAUGGUGAACAAAACCUCCUCCAUAAGUGCUGUAUCACCAUCAUCGUCUGACUUCUCCAACAGACCCUCAUCAACCUUGACCCCUGAGACCAGCCAUUCUGAAUCUGUCGCAUCAAAAAUAAUACCAUUAAAAAUGGAAAUACCUGAAAACUCUAUUGCAAUAGUUAAGAACGAAUCUCUAUCGAGAGCACCUGAAAUGUCCUCGCUUCUCAGGAAUUCAGAACAAAAGAAAUCUAUUGCCUGUCAAAAGCCAGAUUCUAAACCAACAAUUAAGACUGAACCACAACCAACAGCAUUAACCCCUUGGGAAAUGAGCAUUUCAAACCAACAUGAAACUGCUGCUAGUCUUAACUGUCCAUCCUUAAAAUUAAUUAAGACUGAACCUCAAUUGACAGCAGUGAGUCCUUCAGAAACACUAGAAACAAUUGCCAGUCCUAAUUUUGGAUCUAUAGCAACAAUAAAGACUGAGCCUCAGUUGUCGGUAAUAAAGCCAGAAAUGACUUCGCCUCCAAGCAUUUCAAAACCUUUCAAAAUAUCAUCAAUUAAGACUGAACCUCAGCUGACAGCAUUAACUCCUGAAACAUCUUUGCUUGAAAGCGAUUUAGAACAGUCAAACAGCCUCAAUUCAGAUCACGAAGCAGUAAGUAACACUGGACUUACGUUGUCGGCAAUGUCUUCAGAAAUCCCUUCAUUUUCAGGCGACUCGGAACAAUUGAAAGUUAGUGCCAGUGAGUCAACCACAGAGAUUCCUCCUGAAGUGUCAUCAUUGCCGAGCAAUUCAGAAGAAGCUGUAACUCUUGCCAGCCAUGAUUCGGAGUCCACAGAUGAGACCGGAAAGCCAAAAACGAGCAAAUCUGCCAAACCCUCUGUGCCCACAAUAAGUCCAACAACUAGGCUGAGAUCUUCAAAAAACACUGCGCCUGGUACUAGCACUUCCUGCCCACAAAGGGAAACAACAAGGGCAUCAUCGCCUGCAGAUAAUAAUAAUGACCCCUCUGACACAGAGGACCUGUCUGCUAGUCCUGAUGACAGUGAUUAUGAACCCCCUGAAUCACAUUCAGAGUCAUCGUCAGACAGUGAUUAUGAACCCCCUAAAUCACAAUCAGAGUCAUUGAUAGACCGUGAUCAUAAACCCCCUAAAUCACAGUCAGAGUUAUCGACAGAUACUACUGAUGAUACCGGCGGCAAUAAUGCUCCUGCAGAAUCUUCCAGUCCUGAUGAAAGUUCCAAGUCUUCAUCCAGUGAGUCCUCCAAGCCUUCUCAAGAACAUAAAGAGAUAAAACUCAAUGUCAGCAUGGGAGUUUUGGGGAAAAGGCAACACAACGUGUGGUGUAAAGGAACAGUACAGGAAGUCCAAACAGCAGAGGAUGGCCUCAGAUACAAGGUGGAGUUUAAGAGUGGUAAAGAGAUUGUGCUGCCUGCUCAUCAUGUGGCCUCUCUGAAGCCUCCCGUGCUUAAGGAUUUGUUUAUUGGCUGUCGUGUUGUGGCCAGCAGCAAAGAUGAUGAAGGAAAGGUCUCGUUUAAUGCUGCUGUGCUGGUUGAGCUUCCUGAGCGCAAGAAUCGCAUGAGGUUCUUGGUGUUUUAUGAUGACGGCCAAGUAGAUUACCUGGCACUUCCAGACUUUCAUGUUGUCUGCAAACAAUUGAAAAAGGUGUGGAAGGACAUUGAGGAUGAGACAUUACAGUUGCAGGUUAAGGAAUAUCUUCGUGUCUAUCCCAACCCCAUUGCUGUGGUGCUUCGCGUGGGGCAAGACACCAUGGCGAUGCAGAAUGGCAAUUUUGAGGCUUGCACGGUGCUCCAGUUGGAUGGCAGCCUCAUCCAGAUCUGCUUUAAGAAAGACAAGCAGAAAGAGUGGAUUUUUAAAGGCUCAGACAAGUUGGAACACAUUGUAAAUAUCAAGCAGCGUCUGGCUAAAGAUAAACCGCAGAAAAAAGCUCUACAGAAAACACAACAUAAACUGCAACAACCAUCUCAACAGAAAACGGAACAACCACAGCAACAGAAAGCGCAACAGCCUGCAGUAACAACAGGAAAUGCCACACCUCAGCGCAACAUAACCUCCUCCUUGACAACAGUUGCCUCAGCGACUGUUACUUCAACAUCUGUCACCUCAGCAGCUGUAUCUCCUGUGUGGGCGAUCCGACAAUCUGAUCCAGUCACCAAAACAUUAUCUAUUAGCCCUCAAAAAAUCAUGUCAGCUGCUUUCCAGCCAAAGGUCGUCCUCCAGAGGUUGACUAUGCUUUCAGCCGUCUGUGUAUCAAAGGAUAGUAUGCACACAGUAGAAUCUGCUACUGCAAACAGUACCUCAAAUUUAAGAAGUGUAAAACGACCUGCCCCUGAUGAGGAAGAAGAGCUUGUUUCUGAGGAAGAAGAGCUUGUUUCUGAGGAAGAAGAGCGUGUUUCAAAGCAACACCAGUACAAGUCCAUAUACUUGCAUCAUCGCUGUUGUCCAGCAUGUCUGGAUGGGGUGAGACCGUCUCAAGUCGACAUGCACCGUGGUCAAAAUCCACUUCUUAUCCCACUGCUUUUUAAGUUUAGGCGAAUGACUGCUAGAAGGCGCAUCGAUGGAAAGGUGUUUUUCCACAUUUUCUAUCGUUCACCAUGUGGGCGGAGCCUGUGCGACAUGCAGGAAGUGCAGGAGUACUUGUUUGAAACACGCUGUGACUUCCUUUUCCUGGAAAUGUUCUGUAUGGACCCAUUUGUUCUUGUAAAUCGCGCCCGACCUCCUUCCACAUCAACUGGCAAGCCUCACCUCUACCUGCCGGACAUCUCAGAGGGCAGAGAGGUGUUGCCGGUGCCCUGCGUUAAUGAAGUGGACAACACGCUUGCUCCUAACAUCAGCUACACCAAAGACAGAGUUCCAGCUCCAGGUGUUUCUGUUAAUACUAGCUCAGACUUCUUGAUCGGCUGUGACUGCACAGAUGGUUGUCUGGACAGGUCAAAGUGUGCAUGCCACCAGCUGACCAUUGAAGCCACGUCCUUAUGCAGUGGUGGUCCAGUGGAUGUUAGUGCUGGAUACACGCAUAAGAGGUUACCAACCACCUUGCCAACAGGGGUGUAUGAAUGUAACCCUCUGUGCCGUUGUGAUCCAAGAACAUGCAGCAACAGGCUGGUUCAGCAUGGUCUGCAGCUGCGGCUGGAGCUCUUCAUGACACAGCACAAGGGAUGGGGCAUCCGCUGCAAAGAUGAUGUAGCCAAGGGCACAUUUGUGUGUGUUUUCACUGGUAAAAUAAUAAACGAAGACCGAAUGAAUGAGGAUGACACAGUGUCCGGCAAUGACUAUUUGGCCAACCUGGACUUCAUUGAGGGUGUGGAGAAACUGAAAGAGGGUUAUGAGAGCGCGGCGUACUGCUCGGACACAGAGGUCGAAAGCAACAAGAAGACCAUAAGCAUGAAAACAGGGCCGUUAUGGAAAAACACUCUCUACCGAGAAGACUCUAGCAGUAGUGAAGAAAGAGAAGAACCUAUGGAGCUGGACACAGAACAAGAAAUGGAAGUGAGAAAACUAUCCCAUAAGCCACAUGAAACAUCUAAAGAUGCUCAGAAGAAAGUGACCAAACAAAUGAGAGAGGACGGUCAAGAAACCUCAGGUCCAAAGCGUUGCUUUGCCAGAAAGUCAUUCCAGAGAAGAGUAAAACCACUAGUAACCACGGAUGCAAAGAACGAGAAAAUGAGGACAACUCUAACUGGCAACAACACCCGCAGACUGUUCAACGGCGAGGAGGCCUGUUACAUCAUUGAUGCCAGACAAGAGGGCAACCUCGGCCGCUUCAUCAACCAUAGCUGCAGUCCGAAUUUGUUUGUUCAGAACGUCUUUGUCGACACACAUGACCUACGGUUUCCAUGGGUGGCGUUCUUUGCCAGCAAGCGCAUCAAGGCGGGUACAGAGGUGACGUGGGAUUAUAACUAUAAGGUUGGCAGUGUGGAGGGGAAGGUUCUGCUCUGCUGCUGUGGUUCUCUGCGGUGCACAGGAAGGCUGCUCUGAUAUACUGCUUUCAACAAAAAACACUACAACUUUAAUAGAGGUGUUAUCAUUGUAAACCGUUUCACCAAGCCAUCAGAAACAUAGUUGUGACACUGUUCUGGAAGAGCAUUCCAAUCAUGAGCCUUUGAAUAUGAAAAGAAUAAUAAAAUAUAUUCAAGUUUGUGUUGUUGCUUUUAUUGUUUUAACCUCUACGAGUAUUGUUAAUAGCCACUUACUUGAUGUAAAUAAAAUGUGCAAAUAUCAAAAAACGACUUUUUGU